AUGGAUCCUCCAUCUGCUCCCAUGCCAGUUGAUCAAAGCUCUCGUUUAAAGGCUUUAAAGCCCCGAUUUCGGCCGUUGAAGAUGGGUCCAACUCAAAAGUGUCUCUCAAAGCGCAAGGAAAAGACGAGUCAAAAAAUCCAAACAGUACACUUACAUUUUGACGACAUAGAAUGGGUUCCGUUGACCAACCAAGAUGGCCUGAUUGGCCCUCUUUGGCUUACGUUUGAAAGAGACUCUGAACGAUAUUCUCUUUCUUUUUCUGAGCUUGGAACAAUUUCUCUUGUUCCAUUGCUUGUAUCUGAUGCGCAGCCAUCUGCUUCCCAUCAUGUCGUUGUGGGUCAAUUUAUUGGGGACAGAAGCCAUUUUUCAAUUAAGACGUCGCAUGGCAAAUACCUUGGAUUUGAUAAGCAUGGGUUUGUUGAGACUACAAAAGAAGCCAUUGGUCCACAUGAAUUGUGGAUCCCAAUAUUUCUGAACGAUACCGAUGGGAUACCUUGUGUGAUAUUCAAAAGAAAGUCCUACAAUACCGAAGAUGUCGAUAUGCAUCUUCAAUAUGAUUUUAGUUACAAAUGCCUGAGAGCAGAUAUUGAAGCAAGAGAAGAGGCUACAAAAUUUUUUAUUUUCCACCAUUCAACAAGAUCUGCUAACACGCUUGCCAAGAGCUCUGAAGCAGGCAGCUCCGCACAACCCUCCAUUGAUGUUUCCAACUACGAGUAUGACCAAAUGAAAAGAUACGUUUCGUGGUACGAUCGAAAGCUGAGCCUGGGCCAGCUGCACUCUGCCUUGUUGGAUCGCAGAGAAAAACUAAAGUCAGACAAAUAUUGUAAAUAA